AUGAAAUUCCAAUAUUAUUACAAGAGCAUUGUCAGCUUCAAGAACUUGGUGUUAAUCCAGCAAGUAUAUCAUUCAGUUGGUUAACAAUGGAAUCUGAUCGCUUUAUUACUAUACAUGAAUCAAUUGGAGUAAUGCAUCCUAAAAUGAAAAUUCUUGCUUUGAAAGCUCAACGGUCAUUACAAAUAUUUAACCUUGAGGCUAAAGCUAAAAUAAAAUCUCAUACAAUGGAUGAAGAUGUUGUAUUUUGGAAAUGGGUUAAUGAUAAAACAAUUGGACUUGUUACACAAAAAGCUAUUUGUCACUGA